AUGCCUGGAUGGAUCGAAGCCAAAGGCGAUGAUACUCCGGGACGCCCGCUGGGUGGCUAUAUUCGGAUUGACUGCUCUCACACCAUCACACGAAACGUGACAGAGCGGACGGGACCCCAUCCCUGGACUGUCGGCACACCAGCUAAUCUCCCCUUUGUCAUUCCUGAGCUCUCUGCUAUGGCGUGUUCAGUCGCUGUCGAGGACACCUUCGGUCCUGCGGUGGCUAGGUCAUGCCUUGGGGGCUUCGACUUCACUCUUCUUUUUGAGGAGAGCAUUUUGACUCUCCCAGCUCUGGGGAUUGCAAUCGCUUGGGCGUUCAUCCGCUUGCUGGCCCUGCGUGGUGAACCUGCUAAAAUCCGGUCGACAUGGAUCCUCGCACUGAAAAUGGCCACUUUUGGCGUCUACGCCGCUCUCCAGAUCGUCCUCCUGGUAUUAUAUGCGCCACAAGGAGCGCCGAAGACGAGACUCACGUUGGCCUGCAUUGCCUUGACCAUUGCUGGCUAUUUUGUUCUUGCCGCGGUGUCGUAUAUAGAACAUAUACGUUCCGUGCGUCCCUCUACGCUGCUAAUCGUCUAUCUGGGGGUAUCACUCCUCCUGGAUCUUGCGCGGACUCGCACCCUGUUCUUCAUCCAAGGCAGCUAUACCAUCGCCUCGGUCUUCCUGGCCAGCUACCUUGUCAAGACCCUGAGUUUCAUUUUAGAAGUUACCGAGAAGCGCCGCUUGCUUCAUGUUAAGUGGCAAGAUGCGUCUCCUGAAGCAACAAGCGGUGUUAUCAAUAGAGCCCUUUUCCUUUGGCUUAACGGCCUUUUCAUCAAAGGGUUUAGUACAUUAUUAACCGUCAAUACACUUACGCCUCUGGAUGACGAACUUCUUUCUGCAUCCGAGCCGUCCGAUCUCAUGGGAAAAUGGGAACAGGCCGACAAGUCAAGUAGACAUGCUUUGUUCUGGAUAUUCCUGGCUCAUUAUAAAUGGAGUAUUUUGGCUGGUGUUUUACCUCGCCUGGCCUAUACGGGCUUUAGCUUUUCGCAACCAUUCCUCGUCCAACGGGUGCUUGACUUUACCAGUGAAGAUCCACACGAGCAAACGAGGAACAUCGCUUACUCCUUAAUCGGGGCCUACGCUAUCGUCUAUAUCGGAAUUUCAUUAUCAUACGCAGUUUACCAACACAAGACGUAUCGUCUAGUUACCCUGUACCGCGGCAGUUUGGUCACUUUUAUAUUUGACAAAACACUGCGCAUUGACUCCUCGGUUGAAGACAAUGCAGAGGCAAUCACCUUGAUGAGUGCCGAUAUUGAUCGCAUUGACUCCAGUUUGACCCUUAUACACGAACUUUAUGCUGGUUUCAUCGAGAUUGCUAUUGCUCUCUGGCAAUUACAUAGACUUCUUGGGAUAGCUGUAGUAGCUCCUGUUGGGUGGAUCGUCGUCUGCUUGAUAAUAGGAAUACCGCUUGCCAAGGCCGCAGCCGAUGCUCAGAUUCCGUGGCUAGAGGCGAUAGAAGUGCGAUUAGCUUCAACUGCCAAGUCGCUCGGGUCAAUGAAAGCCAUAAAAAUGACAGGGUUGGCUGAGAUUGUGUCGUCCCAAAUCAGAGGGUUAAGAGUAGCUGAGAUUCGCGCGUCUCUCCGUCAUCGAGUUUUGAAUAUACUUGUCUUUGUUGCGUCUUUUUCGUCUUCUGAAUUGGCUCCGGUAUGGGGGUUUGCGGUAUUCAUCCUUCUUGCGAGGGCGAAUAACACGGGCACUUUAACGGAAGGUGUUGCGUUUGCCGCACUGAGCCUUUUUGAAUUAAUCAACCACCCGGUAUCAACUGUCAUUGGCGGUCUUGAAAGUAUCCAAACCAUUCUUAAUUCAUUUAAUCGCAUCCAGGAAUAUCUGGUAACCCAGGAGCGAGAAGACUACAGGACCCCUCUUACGAGCACAAGGGUUUCUUCGGAGUCAAGCCUUUCCCACUCGAAAGAGGGUGGUGACAUCAUGCUCAAGGAGAUCCAUAGCUCUGAUUUGAAUACCCCCUUGUUUGCUGCCAUUGUUGAAGAUGCAUCCGCCAGAUAUUCGGUAGAAGGCGACCCUGUUCUAAGGGACCUAAAUUUUCAAAUUCCUCGUGGUGAGGUGACCAUGAUUUUUGGGGCUGUUGGCUCUGGGAAAUCCACCCUUCUAAAACUGUUGCUUGGAGAAAUGCCAAUUACGUCUGGCUCGGUAGCAACGGGAUUCUCGAAGGCUGCGUACUGUCCGCAGUCCCCCUGGGCCACUUGGGGUACCGUCCAAAGCAAUAUUGUUGGCAUGGCCGCGUGGGAUAAGCAGUGGUAUGACACCGUAGUCUCUGCUUGUGCACUCUCUGCGGACCUUGAGGAACUAUCAAACGGAGAUCAAACCCAUAUAGGUACUCAGGGGUCUAGGCUAAGCGGGGGCCAGAAGAUGCGUGUGUCAUUCGCUCGUGCUCUCUAUUCUAGGAACGAUACCAUGAUACUUGACGAUGUCUUGACUGGACUGGAUCGAGCCACUGAACGGCACAUUCUGGAUGAGGUCUUUCGGCCAGAUGGCUUACUGAAGAAGCUAAAGUCUACCGUCAUUUUAGCUACAAAUUCCGCGAAUCAUCUGAGUUUCGCAGAUAACAUCAUUUUUCUGAAUGAAAAGGGCGGAAUUGCUCGACAAGGUACCCGAGAAAGUCUGUACAGUGACGACGACGAUAUCCGGAAGCUUGAAAGUCAGCCCCAGGCGGCAACGACAUCCCGAUUGGGGCCAGAGCUUUCCGAGGACGUUUUGCAAGAACUUGAAAUACUCGAAGAUCCGAACCUAGAAACCAGCCGCAAGACCGGUGAUAUGAAGGUAUACGCAUACUAUGCAAAGAAUGCGGGGUGGUGGACUAUUUCACUCUACCUCCUUGCAUGUGGUUUUUUCGUCUUCGGGGUCACAUUUCCUUCUCUCUGGCUGCAAUGGUGGACCAAUUCCAAUGCCACUCACCCAAACGAGCGUAUUGGGUACUGGCUUGGCGUAUAUGGCGCCCUUGCAAUGGUCACGAUUCUAGGCUGCACGUUAUCUGACAGUAUGUUCAAUUUAGUGGUCCUUCCUAAAACUUCUCGAAGGUUCCAUGAAGUAUUACUAACUACAACUAUGCGAGCUUCAACUUCCUUCCUCACGUCAACUGAUGCUGGCACUACGUCUGUUGACCAGUUCGUUUUCCAGUUCCUCGCGGCCAUCGUUUCAGGGGUAUUGGUCUUCAUCGGGGCAGGUUACAUAGCAGCUGCCAUUCCAUUUUGCAUUCUUGUGCUUGUCGUGGUUCAAUUUUAUUAUCUCCGAACAUCUAGGCAACUGCGACUCUUGGAUAUUGAAGCCAAAGCGCCGCUUUUCUCGCAGUUUUUAGAAACUGUUAGUGGUGUGGCAUGCGUGAGAGCGUACGGGUGGUCGCGAAACUACACGGAGCGCCAUUACAAGGCUUUGAACAUAUCACAGAAGCCAUAUUACCUGCUCUGGUGUAUCCAAAGAUGGCUCACCUUGGUCUUGGAUCUCCUAAAUGCCGGGCUUGCAAUCAUGCUCGUUGCAAUUGCAACCAACAUUCAAAAUGCAUCUACCGCCUUCCUUGGUGUGGCGUUGUUUAAUAUUGUGACGUUCAGCUCAACCCUUCAGACCUUGGUCACCUCCUGGACCCAGCUAGAAACAGCGCUUGGAGCAAUAAACAGAGUGCGCUCUUACGCAGAGGACGUUAAAGACGAGAAUCUACCUAACGAAGACGGUAACGUCACAGAGGACUGGCCGGAGUCGGGGGCAAUCAUGUUUCAAAACGUCUCUGCCUCUUAUGACUCGUCUCAAGAGCAAGUUCUGAAAAAUAUUAACUUCUCCAUCAAUGCUGGUGAGAAGGUAGCAAUUUGCGGUCGAACAGGCAGCGGUAAAUCAUCGCUCGUUUCUUGCCUCCUUCGUAUGCUCGAAAUGGACUCUGGUACCAUUUCUAUUGACGGUGUCGACAUCAGCACAAUUCCGCGGCAAGAAGUACGAAGGCGAUUGAACACACUCCCGCAGGAGCCGUUCUUUCUCUAUGGUAGCGUCCGCGAAAAUGUUGAUCCUCUACAACUGGCCACGGAUGAAGCCAUCAUAGAAGCGCUUCGUGCGGUGGGUAUGUGGGAGUUCUUGGAAACGCGUGGAGGGCUUGAUGAGGAACUUAGUGAUGAUAAAUUAUCUCACGGCCAGCGACAGCUGUUCUGCCUCGCUCGCGCGGUAGUCAAACGAGGCAAUAUCGUCAUUAUGGAUGAGGCUACCAGUAGUGUUGACGCCGAAACCGAUCAGCUUAUGGGAAGUGUGCUUCGUGAAAAGUUUAAGGGCAUGACCGUUGUUGCCAUUGCGCACAAACUUCAGACAGUGCUUGACUUUGACCGCAUUGUCUUGCUAGACAAGGGCACAAUUAUCGAAACGGGCAACCCUAAAGAACUCCUUGCUAAACCGACUUCAGCCUUCCACAAGCUCUACGAAAAACUUGCAUGCGAGGGUGAGAAGCGAGCUAGUGACGAUGAGAAGGCUGGUAGUGACGAUGGGGAGACUGCUAGUGAUGAUGAGACACUUGCUAGCAAGGAGGAGGAUGAGGAGGUUGCCGGCGAGGAUGAGAGGCCUGCAAAUGAGGACGAGAAACACGAAUAA